AUGACUAUAGACUUCAACGGCCGCAUUGAACGAUGCGAUGAUUCAAAUCUGUCCCUAUAUUAUGACGCGGUAAAUUUUCCACUCAUCGGAAUGCGAAUGGAUUCGGAGGCGGCUACGAAACGAAACAUGAACUUCGUGGCCACCGCAUUGGCAAUGCGAGAUUGGAUACUUACGGCAUACUUCAAUUCAGGUACACACUCGAACAGUUUCCGAUGUUUAUAG